CCCUCAGCCUCCCUGAUGCCUAAGAACAGCAAGGUGACGCAGCGCGAGCAGAGCCAUGAGCACGUCACAGAGUCGGUGGCUGACCUGCUCGCACACGAGGAGCCAGUCGACUACAAGAGUAGCUCCCUGAAUGUAGGAGGGGCCGCUGGGAAGAAAGUCCCACAGAUAGAGGUGCCUGAAAACGAUGGACGCCCCGCUUGGAACAGCAAGCUGCAGUACAUCCUGGCCCAGGUGGGCUUCUCUGUGGGCCUGGGGAACGUGUGGCGUUUCCCUUACCUGUGUCAGAAGAAUGGAGGAGGUGCCUAUCUGGUUCCCUACUUCAUCCUCCUCCUCAUCAUCGGCAUCCCACUAUUCUUCAUGGAGCUGGCUGUGGGUCAGAAGAUCCGACGUGGGAGCAUCGGGGUCUGGAACUACGUCUGUCCCAGUCUGGGUGGGAUAGGGAUGUCCAGUCUGAUGGUGUGUGGCUUUGUGGGUCUCUACUAUAACGUGAUCAUCGGCUGGAGCAUCUUCUAUUUCUUCCAGUCCUUCCAGUAUCCUCUUCCAUGGAGCGAAUGUCCGAUCAGAAGAAACGGGACACUUGCUAUUGUGGAGCCAGAGUGCGACAAAAGCUCAGCCACGACCUACUUCUGGUACCGUCAGACUCUGAACACCACCAGCACCAUCGCAGAGAGCGGCGGCCUCAACGUCAAAAUGACCCUGUCUCUGCUGGUGGCCUGGAUCAUCGUCUGCCUCGCCGUCAUCAAAGGGAUCGCCUCCUCUGGGAAGGUGAUGUACUUCAGCUCUCUUUUCCCCUACGUGGUGCUGUUCUGUUUCCUGGUCAGAGGUUUAAUGUUGAAGGGAUCAGUGGAUGGCAUCGCUCACAUGUUCACUCCCAAGCUGGAGAAGAUGCUGGAGCCCCAGGUGUGGAGGGAGGCAGCCACCCAGGUGUUCUUCGCCCUGGGUCUGGGGUUUGGAGGAGUCAUAGCCUUCUCCAGUUAUAAUAAGAUCGAUAACAACUGUCAUUUUGACGCCGUGCUCGUCUCUGUCAUCAACUUCCUCACCUCCAUUCUGGCCACGCUGGUGGUGUUUGCUGUGCUGGGCUUCAAGGCCAACAUCAUGAAUGAAAAGUGUGUCGUAGAAAACGCUGAGAAGAUCCUGGGAUAUCUCAACUCAAACGUCCUGAGCCACGAUCUCAUCCCUCCACAUGUGAACUUCUCCCAUCUCACCUCAUCAGACUACGCCGAGAUGUACGGGGUCAUCAAGACAGUGAAGGAGGACAGCUUCACCCAGCUGGGUCUGGAGCCUUGUGUCCUGGAGGACGAGCUCAACAAGUCUGUCCAGGGCACCGGCCUGGCCUUCAUCGCCUUCACAGAGGCCAUGACUCAUUUCCCAGCAUCUCCGUUCUGGUCGGUCAUGUUCUUCUUCAUGCUAAUCAACCUCGGUCUGGGCAGCAUGAUCGGCACCAUGACUGGCAUCACCACACCUGUCCUCGACACUUACAAGGUCCAGAAGGAGCUGUUCACAGUGGGUUGCUGCAUUGUGGCCUUCUUCUGUGGCCUGCUCUUCGUUCAACGCUCAGGAAAUUACUUUGUCACUAUGUUUGAUGAUUACUCUGCCGGACUGCCUCUCACAGUCGUGGUCAUCCUGGAGAAUGUGUCUGUCACGUGGAUUUAUGGCACAAAAAGGUUCAUGCAGGACCUGGAGGACAUGUUGGGUUUCCGACCGUGCAUAAUCUAUUUCUACCUGUGGAAGUACGUCUCCCCUCUGUGUCUCAUUGUGCUCAUCACAGCCACCAUCAUAGAGAUGGCCAUCAGCCCACCAGGAUACAACGCCUGGGUCCAAGACCUGGCUCAGGAACGCUUCCAGAGCUACCCUCCCUGGGCACUGGCCAUGUGCUUUGCUCUCAUCAUCGUGGCCAUGCUUCCUCUCCCUGUUGUCUACAUCGCCCGUCGCUUCAACCUGAUGUCAGAUGGCUCCAACAAGCUGUCUGUCUCCUACCGCAAAACCAUGAUGAAGGACAUAUCCAACCUGGAGGAGCAGGACGAGUCCAGGUUCAUCCUUGGCGCUAAGCCCGGUGAGGCACCAUCAUCGACGCCAGCACGCAGGCCCUACCUGACUCCAGGAGGAACCAAAACCCUGGACCCCAACUCGCUGUCUCCAAACAUCUGCUACGGCACGAGCUACCAAAACGCUGCCAUCAGCCCCACCACACCGACUACACCGACCAUGCCCACCACUCCAGAUUCUGACUCUUGA